GAGGGGGCAACAUGGCGGCUCCGUCUUAACUUUCCCCCUCGUCAGUCAGCGCCGCCGCCGCUCCCCGCCCCGCCAUGCCGGGCAUGAUGGAGAAGGGAGCCGAGUUCCUGGGGGGCAAGAGCCGGGCGACCCCCAACGGCACCAAGAGCAGUAGCCCCUCCAACGGGCACUACUCGGAGCCGGAGAGCGGCGGCGGCGACAGCGGCGACGAGCACGAUGUAGGAAUGCGGGUCGGAGCAGAAUAUCAAGCUCGAAUCCCUGACUUUGAUCCUGGUGCUACAAAAUAUACUGAUAAAGACAAUGGAGGGAUGCUUGUGUGGUCUCCAUACCAUAGUAUUCCAGAUGCCAAGUUGGAUGAAUAUAUUGCAAUAGCAAAGGAAAAACAUGGAUACAAUGUGGAACAGGCACUUGGCAUGUUGUUUUGGCAUAAACAUAACAUUGAGAAGUCCCUUGCGGAUCUCCCUAACUUCACUCCUUUCCCUGAUGAAUGGACAGUUGAGGAUAAAGUCCUGUUUGAACAAGCUUUUAGUUUCCAUGGGAAGAGCUUUCACAGGAUCCAACAAAUGCUUCCAGAUAAGACUAUUGCAAGCCUUGUAAAAUAUUACUAUUCGUGGAAAAAAACUCGCUCUAGGACAAGCUUGAUGGAUCGACAGGCUCGAAAACUAGCCAAUAGAAAUAAUCAAGGUGACAGUGAUGAUGAUGUGGAAGAAGCACAUCCAAUGGAUGGAAACGAUAGUGAUUAUGAUCCCAAAAAAGAAACCAAAAAGGAGGGCAAUAAUGAACAACCUGUUCAGACCAGUAAAAUAGGGCUGGGUAGAAGAGAGUAUCAGAGCUUACAGCAUCGCCAUCACUCGCAGCGUUCUAAAUGUCGUCCACCUAAGGGCAUGUAUCUGACCCAGGAAGAUGUGGUAGCAGUUUCCUGUAGCCCCAAUGCAGCCAACACAAUUCUUAGACAGCUGGACAUGGAGCUGAUCUCAUUGAAGCGCCAGGUUCAAAAUGCUAAGCAAGUAAACAGUGCACUGAAACAAAAAAUGGACGGUGGAAUUGAAGAAUUCAAACCUCCUGAGCUGAAUCAGAAAAUCAAUGCCCGUUGGACUACAGAAGAGCAGCUUCUUGCAGUACAAGGUGUACGCAAAUAUGGUAAAGAUUUUCAAGCUAUUGCAGAUGUAAUUGGCAACAAGACAGUUGGCCAAGUGAAGAACUUCUUUGUAAACUACAGGCGUCGGUUUAACUUAGAGGAGGUGUUGCAGGAAUGGGAAGCUGAACAAGGAACCCUGGCUUCUAAUGGUGAUGCUUCUACUUUAGGGGAGGACACAAAAAAUACUUCUAAUGUGCCAUCAGGAAAGAGCACUGAUGAAGAAGAUGAGGGACAAGCCACGCAGAUCACUCAGUGUUUAGGCCCUUCGCCUCCAGCACAGGCAUCUGCUCCAGCAACCCCUGUAGCAACUUUGAACCAGCCUCCUCCGUUACUUCGUCCAACGCUUCCGGCUGCUCCUGCUCUCCAUCGUCAGCCUCCACCACUUCAGCAACAGGCUCGAUUUAUUCAGCCAAGACCAACCCUAAACCAGCCCCCACCACCACUCAUCCGCCCAGCUAAUUCUAUGCCUCCUCGUCUAAAUCCAAGGCCGGUAUUAUCCACAGUCAGUGGCCAACAGCCACCCUCACUUAUUGGAAUUCAGACAGAAUCACAGUCCACUCUGCACUAAAGAAGUGAAAUAGGCCAGAACUAUCGUAACUCCUUCGAUAAAAUUUUAUCAAUGUCCACUUUUCUCAAAUAAUGAAGGGGAGAAAAGAGCAAGCCUUCCAAGGUAUUGUGAAGCAGUUUUACUCAGAGAAGCAAGCUAAUAAUCUUAGCAGUGGAACCACAUGAACGACCAGCUGUAUAAAAGAAUCUUCUGUGCAGAAGACUUGUACAGCAAAACAAUGCCUACAGUUCACCCUUAUCCAUAUGAAUAACGGUCGAAGGAAGCUAAUCUCUUAAGCAAAUAAAUGUUCUGUGCACCAAGAUUUUGUUUAACUGAUUUUUUACUCUAUUUAUUUUAUUAAAGUUCUUUAUAUUGAAACAUCUUAGUACAGGAAUGCAGAGUCUGGCAGAUUUAGGAACUGUGACAACUCCUUAACUGACAGUAGAAAUUAAUGUGGGGGAUUAUUUUUUUGUUUUCCUAUGUUAGGAGUGCAAGAAUUAAUAGUCUGCAGUUCAGAUAUACAAUAGAAGUAUUUCAUGCACUUUUAAACUAUAGACUUUUUUAUAGCUUUCUCAAAACAGACUUUACUUUCUUUAAAAAGAUACUUUCUCAUUAAAUACUCCUUUUGAAAGAGUAAUCUGAAGAUCUGCUCAGCUAUUGUACCAAACGUGUUAAAUCUAGCAGUGUGUGUUCUAAUCAUAUAAACCCUCUGAUACCAGGCAUCUGAUUUCCUAGUGCAAAAUUGUAGGAAGUGGAUGUGCCAGCAACUUCCACGUCCAAGGAAAUGAUGAAAAAUACCAGUAAUGACCACUGUUGUAAUGUGGCUACUCCACUUAUUACACUUACAGUUGAAGUACAGUAGUUUUUAAUCCCUUUGUAAAUGGUCAUAUCUAGAGUUACAUACUCUAUAUUAUUGCUCUUUACCUAAAGCUUUAACUAAAAUACUGGUAAUGCCAAUUAGCAGGGAAUGUGUCCUCAAAUGUUGUGAUGGUGGGAUUAUGUGAAACAACCUAAUUUCAGAGAAGGCUAAAUGGUUAUCUGAGCUUUCCCUUCCCCCAUCUGGGUUUGGUUUUUUGUUUAUUUGUAUUAAAUCAAAUACAAAACAAUUAAAUAGUAAUGCAGGUCUGCAUUUGGUGUUUAUUGAUCCUUCUAAAUUUUUUUUGGUUAGGCGUUGGGGGACUUCUCUGGAGAAACUAAAUUAUCCCAAUUAUCUGAAAUUAUAAUUUGUGUCUUUAGUGACAAAAAAGUAAAAUGUGAAGUUGUAAGUUUGUCAGCUCUCCUAAAAAACCUAGGCCAGAAACUUGGGUAAGGAAGUGUUUAAAGUUACUGUUUGGGAGCCAGUGUGGACUGGGUCAAGCUAUGGAAAAGUGUUUGCUUUUAAACACUGUGUCCUGCACCCAUAUUGACCACCUCACUGUUCUAGAAGCUCUUUUAGCUGGAACAGUGUUUGAAUAUUUUAAGUAUAAUUCCAUAACUCUCUGUUCUUGGCCUAACACAGACUGGGCCUUAAAAAUAAACUGGAUCUUCAGUUUGAAAUUGGAAUUUACAAUCCUCAGUCUCCUACAGAUUCAGUGGUUCAACUGUCCUGAUGUUUUACAGUUUAACAGUUUUGCUGAAAUCUUGUAUCUGUGCAAAGGGAAGUUCUUGUAGAAGCCUUUUACCUACUACAUUUGUAACUUAAAUAUUAAAAUCAGACAUGUAGCCUUAAUUGUGGUUACAGUGUCAACCCUAUAUAAAAACACUUUCCAGAAAUGGUAAACUUAGGAGACUUUGUUUUUUGAAACAUCUGUCUCUGCUAAUGUUCUUAGCUCUAAGUUCAAAAGUCCCUUUUUGGGGGGUUUUUUCACACCAAAAUUAGAUUCCCAGCCACCACAUGGACAUUAGAUAGUGGCUGUUCCAGAAAGAAAAGCAGCAUUGUAAAACAAACGAUGAAGAGUUCUUCGUGAUUGUUGGAACUUUUUGUUUUGGGGGGUCAAAAGGGCCCCUCAAACAACUACAUGAAGUCUGGCUGACCGACAGACUUUUAGGCUGACAAGAACCCUGUCUUGUGCAUUUUGACAUAACUGUUUAAAUAAAUAUCUAAUUUUAAUUGUUACUUAAGUAGAAUGCAUCUUUCAGUAUUUUUUUAAGUAUUGAUAUCAAGUCUCCCUGGUGUGUGUACUGUACCUUUGCUAAUUUUUGUCUUGUCUAUUGUCAAUAGAAUUUCAGUAUGCAAAAUGUUGGGUGUUGCAGUACAGUUGGACACCACUGACUGCUAUCAACUGUUCAGUACAUUGUAAUUCAAUUUAAUCCUGUUUAAAUAUUCUGUAACUGGGCAAAGGUGCUGUAUUUGGGGGGCAAGGGUGUAGUGUACUUUAGUUUACGUACACUGUGGCACACAGUAGGGAAACUAGCAGUUGUAGUACUAAACAAAUAUGUACAUAGCAAAAUGUCCUUUUUAUUGUGUGCUUUGCAGAAUAUGUGCAUACAGUUUGCACGUCUCGUUUUGGGGGUGGGGGUUUGUUUUUUAAACAGUGUUUUUGCCUGGAAGAGUGAUAUGCUUGCUGCUUAAUCAAAGGAUUAAAGUUUUAAAGGAAUCUGUGUCUUCUAUUUUUAUGUACCUUGUAAUGGUCUGAAAUUUUAGGGCCCUUAUACUGUGAUUAUCUUCUAAAUUCACUUAUAUUUUUUUAAUAAUUAGAAAUAAAAUUAUACAAUGGUGUUAAUUUCACUGGAAAUUUUGUUUUUGCUAUACCACUAAUCUCCUGGUUUUGUCUUUUUAUAACUAGUUUAGGAAAUGAACUCAACUAAUUUUCAAGUUGUCUUAUUUUUGUCAUGUUUAAGAAAUAUAAAAUGAUUGCACACUUUUAUUAAGUUUGACAGAGAAAGUGUAUCCUACAUUGUUCGGAAACAAUAUAA